AAGUCUGCAAUUUACACUAUGAUAGAGAUUUUAAAUUGAUCUUGACAUAUCAUUACGUAUCACCGAAUGUCAUUUGUUACAACUUGAUUGGAUGAUACAAUGCCGCUAAAAAAAGUGAAGAGUCAUUCGUUAAUAUUUAACUUCAGCCAAGGACUGGCAGACAAACAAAGUUGGAAAACUAGUCUGGUCGGAGUUCGCACAGCUCUCCGCACAGAUUUAGCCAUGUCCUCCUUGGCGGUUCCACCUCCGGAACGUCUGCGGACUCCCAUGACGGUUCCUCGGCGCCACAUGUUCGGACCCGGACCCUCCAACGUUCCGCCACGCAUCUUGCAGGCCGGAGCCAAUCCCGUAAUCGGACACAUGCAUCCAGAAACCUUUGAGAUAAUGGCCGACAUCCGCAGCGGAGUACAGUAUAUGUUCCAGACUCUGAACCCGGUGACUUUGGUAGUGAGUGGCACGGGCCACGCCGCCAUGGAAUGCGGCAUCUUCAACGCCGUGGAGGCCGGCGACAGCGUGCUGGUAGCAGUUAACGGCAUCUGGGGAGAGCGGGCGGCGGACAUGGCAGGGAGGAUUGGUGCUGUGGUUCACACCAUUAUUGCGCCCCCUGGUGGAGUCUUCACCAAUGCAGAAAUCGAACAGGCGCUAAUCAAACACAGGCCUGGACUGCUUUUCCUGACACACGGAGAAUCGUCCACUGGCGUCCUGCACCCGCUGGACGGCAUCGGACAGCUCUGUCACAAGUACGACUGUUUGUUGCUGGUGGACUCUGUGGCGUCAGUAGGUGGCGCUCCAGUGCGCAUGGACCAACAAGAGAUCGACAUCCUGUACACGGGUUCGCAGAAAGUUCUGAAUGCCCCACCAGGAACCGCACCCAUCUCCUUUAGUGAGCGAGCAUGUCGGAAAAUAUUCGAGCGCAGAACAAAGCCGGUGUCGUUCUUCUUGGACCUAAGAUGGCUGUCUAACUACUGGGGAUGCGACGGCAAAGCCACCCGAGUGUACCACCACACGGGUCCCGUCUCUGCAUUUUACUCCCUCAGGGAGAGCCUGGCCAUCCUCGUGGAGGAGGGUCUGGAACAUUCCUGGAAGAAACACAGGGAAGUGGCUGAGUAUUUCCACACCGGUUUGGAGCGUAUGGGACUUAAGCUCUUUGUGGAGGAUCAGGCGUUGAGGUUGCCGACGGUGACGACAAUCGUGGUUCCGGAUGGAUACGACUGGAAGGAGAUCACAGCCUAUGUCAUGAAAACGCACAACUUGGAGAUCUCCGGGGGGCUCGGACCUUCUGCCGGCAUGGUGCUGCGUGUCGGUCUGAUGGGAUGCAACAGCAGCAUUUCGAGUGCGGACAUGGUGCUGGAGGCGCUGAAGGACGCGCUGGCACACUGUCACAAGAGCAAAGUCUAAUAUUAGCAUC